AUGGAGCCUGGGCGCCAGCGUGGUGGCUCUCCUACUCUUGCUGUCUGCUGCUUCUCAUGGAAGAGAGUUGCCUGUCAAGCAGUUAGUGAUCACAGUUUUAUCUACAAUCAUACUCUCGCAAAGACUCUUGUGGAAUAUGCAUCAGCGGUGUAUAUGACAGAUUUAACUGCGCUGUUUACGUGGACAUGCUCAAGAUGCAAUGACUUGACUCAAGGCUUCGAGAUGAGAUCUCUAAUUGUUGAUGUGGAGAACUGCUUGCAGGCAUUUGUUGGUGUAGCUCAUAAUCUGAAUUCGAUAAUUGUUGCAAUCAGGGGAACUCAAGAGAAUAGUGUACAGAAUUGGAUAAAAGACUUGAUAUGGAAGCAGCUUGAUCUAAGUUAUCCAAACAUGCCAAAUGCGAAGAUGAAGCUUGGAAGUGACAGUGUGCAACUCAUGACUUUCGGGCAGCCUCGUGUUGGCAAUGCUGCAUUCACCUCAUGCUUUGCCAAAUAUGUACCCAACACAAUUCGAGUGACACACGGACAUGAUAUUGUGCCACAUUUGCCACCGUAUUUCUCCUUUCUUCCCAAGCUGGCAUACCACCACUUCCCCAGAGAGGUAUGGGUCCAGGAUUCUGAUGGCAACAUAACUGAAAAGAUUUGUGACGACAGCGGUGAAGACCCAGAUUGUUGCAGGUGCCUCUCCAUGUUCAGCUUGAGGAUUCAGGACCAUUUCACUUACCUAGGAGUCGAUAUGGAAGCAGACGAUUGGAGCACCUGUAGAAUCAUCACAGCUCAAAGCGUUCGGCAAUUCCGACAGGAGCUAGCAGCCAGCAACAUCAUCAUGACAGAGCACGAUAUCGAUGUCUCCAUUGUCGAACCUAGUGUACAAACAGAUUGGAGCAGUUCUAGAUAG